UUAACUCAAUAUGAGUUUAAGUUGUAUUAUAGAAAUGAGUAGAUCAACUUUUGUAACAUAGAUAAAGAGGCAUAACUCUUGCAACAUUUAAACAUCACUGACUUUUGACACUACCCUUCACAAACAUUAAACUUUGACACCAUCCCCUGUUAAUACCUGCAUAUAUACUACGCGCGCGCCAAUUGCAAAUUCUUUCUGGAAAUUCUUCUGAACAAAAUUCAACAGACUAACCGCCAUCGAAGGAUUCCUUCAAACUUUAUUAGCCAUCCUAUAAUUUUGGUAAAGUAUUUAGGUCAUCGAAGCUACGGGAAUGUUGCGGUGUAGCAAAAGAAAAUCCAAGUCACCCUAUGCUAGGCCUGUCAGGACCCCAGCCGAAAGGUCCAUUGCAGCCACGGCCCCCGUGAUCACGGCAACCCAGGUUUCACAGCCAGCCAGCCAGACUGCUAAUUCAUCGCUGGCAACCCUUAAUCCUCCCGAAGUCCCACAUCCUCCUGAAGUCCCACAUGCAGCUAGCAUGAACUCGGAAUCCUCAGUGGCAACCCCUACUCCAAUUUCCAUAGGGGAUAUUACAACGGAGCAAUCCUUGACAUCAGUGGGAAAGAUUCAUAACCUUGGCUCCUCAGGCAGACAAGAUUCCAGUCAAUAUACCUCCGGUAUUGACAACUCUCUUAAACGACAUGUAGAAAGUUUACUCGAAGCAGCAGUAUCUAAAAAUACUGCUUCAACAUAUCAGAAGUUCAUUAACUCUUUUGAAACCUUCCGCUCUAAAUAUAAUUUUGUCUUGACUUGGCCUCCACCAGUCCAUCAGAUUAUUAAUUACAUUGCAUACCUCCAUACAAACCAUAUAUCACAUGCCACAGCAAGAUGUUACUUAAGUGGUAUCAGUUACAAAAUCCAGUUAGAGGGGGGUUUGGACAACACUAAAGCAUUUACAGUUAAGAAAAUGUUGGAAGGCUUCCUAAGGCUAAAUCCAGCAAAAGACCUUCGAUCCCCAAUUUCCCUACAAAUGUUGCAUCAAAUGGUAUCAAUUCUACCAAGAGUUUGUUUAAACACCUAUGAAGCCACAAUGUUUUCAACUGCGUUUUAUUUGGCAUUUUUUGCACUGCUGCGUAUUAGUGAAUUUGCUUUCACCAGUAACUUUACACCAGUACUAUCUUUCCAAGACUUCACCAUUGAUGAAGAAAAAAUUUCCUUGUUUAUCAAAGGUUCAAAAACUGAUCAAUAUCGUAGGGGUACCACAUUACAAAUUACAUACAGUCCUCAAAGUGCAUCUUUAUUUGAACAUGCGCACAAUUUUUUGUCAAUCCGACCCCAAGUACAAGGCCCAUUUUUCUGCCAUAUCAACGCUAAACCUCUCACCAAAUAUCAGUUCACAUCACUCCUACACAAAGCCGUGAAAUUCAUUGGUUUAGACACAUCUAUAUUCAAAUCACACUCGUUCAGAAUAGGUGGGGCUACUCAUUUGUAUUCACAAGGUGUUUCUGAUGAGGACAUUAAGUCCAAAGGUAGGUGGAGGUCUAAUGCAUUCAAUUCUUACAUUAGAUUAUAAUGGUUAUCAUCAUACUUGUAACAUGCCGUAUUCUAACUGAAUACCUAGUUUGCAGGUCAAACUACUGUUUGGAUUAUUGGAUCAUCUAUAGUCCAUCAUGCCUCCCUCUAUGCUGACAAGCAAUUUGGAAACACACACCUAGAUCUUCAACAGCAUAACAUAACAGUAUUUUGUUCUGGUAAGAGUGGUAUGGUAUGGGAAGAUGUAGAGCCAACAGUUAAUCAUCUAGUUGAUCAGAAGGGACAUCCUGAUUUUAUAUUGUUACACUGUGGAGGCAAUAGUAUAGGCACUAUGCCAUUGCGUAGGCUUCAAAAAUUUAUGAAAUCAACUUUUGUUAAAUUGCAAGUCCUCCUACCAAACACACGUUUCAUAUGGUCCCAGAUGCUCCCAAGAAAUUACUAUAGACACAUGCUAUCCAACAUUGCUGCUGAGAAAGCCCGAAUAAGAAUUAACAAAUCCCUAGCUCCAUUCUUAGUGGCAUGCAACGGUGCAUACAUAAAAUACCCAGAUCAACAGCAAUGUACAUCAAAGCUAUAUCGCGAUGGAACACAUUUGUCCAAUACUGCUCAGGUUAUAUUUUUGAACACCAUUCAACAAGGAUUACUCCAUAUCAUACGCAGUAACGCCAGUAUUUAUCCUCCACCUCCCUCUGUGUAAAAACAGUCUCCCUGUCAUGGCACUGGGGCAAAAUUUUUUUCCGCUUGUGGCGGAUGUUUUCAUGUAUUAUAUUAAUCUAUUUAUCAUACAUGAAGACAUAUGGCCGAAUUUUGCUUAAGCCUGCCACUGAUACUGUUUUCUUCCAGGUCUGUGGCCAAUAAUUGGGCUUAUUUUAAUUGACAAUUUUAUUGAAUACAUUGAGUGAUUGAAAACAUUGAUGAACUGAUUGAUUGUCAUAUUGACUGUUUGAAAAACUCAUUGAUUGAAAAUGUUGAUUGAUAUGUUGUUUCUUGUGUUGUUUGAUUGAAGUAUUGAUUUUUCAAAAUAUUGACUGAUUGAUAAUUUUAUUGAGUGUUGAUUUUACAUCAUAACUAACCAAAGUCGAUGUAGAUCACACAUAUAACAUAAUGCAAUGAUAUACUGAUUUGAUAUAGUGUUUGUCAAAUUUUAUUUCAACAUGUAUUAUUAAAGUAAAGCCAUGACAAAGACUGCCAAUACUGUGUUGUUGAUCUAUUCUAUUGAAAUAAUCAAACUUAACAGAAUAUGAGUUAAGUUGUAUUAUAGAAAUGAGUAGAUCAACUUUUGUAACAUAGAUAAAGAGGCAUAACUCUUGCAACAUUUAAACAUCACUGACUUUUGACACUACCCUUUACAAUUAUUAAACUUUGACACCAUCCCCUGUCAAUACCAGCAUACAUACUACGCGCGCGCAAAUUGCAAAUUCUUUCUGGAAAUUCUUUUCAACAAAAUUCAACCCCACCCUCCCAACCCUUAAUUUAGUGUGUACUCAUAUUCUCUUUCUGUUUUUCUGCUGUUCUUUUAUGUAUUUUUCAGAUUGUGAUUGUCAAGAGAGUGUUAACCCUGAUUAUAUUUGUCGAAACAACACCAAAGCGUCAUGGCUUAACAAAUAGAUACGUGAAGUGUUCACACCUUGACCGGUGCAUUGCCGAAUUUUGCUUAAGCCUGCCACUGAUACUGUUUUUCUUCCAGGUCUGUGGCCAAUAAUUGGGCUUAUUUUAAUUGACAAUUUUAUUGAAUACAUUGAGUGAUUGAAAACAUUGAUGAACUGAUUGAUUGUCAUAUUGACUGUUUGAAAAACUCAUUGAUUGAAAAUGUUGAUUGAUAUGUUGUUUCUUGUGUUGUUUGAUUGAAGUAUUGAUUUUUCAAAAUAUUGACUGAUUGAUAAUUUUAUUGAGUGUUGAUUUUACAUCAUAACUAACCAAAGUCGAUGUAGAUCACACAUAUAACAUAAUGCAAUGAUAUACUGAUUUGAUAUAGUGUUUGUCAAAUUUUAUUUCAACAUGUAUUAUUAAAGUAAAGCCAUGACAAAGACUGCCAA